AUGAAACACCACCGGUGUGUGAUCCAGAUCGGGGUGAUCGCAAAUGGUGCACGUCUCACCAGAUCCGCUCCGGGUCCUUUAGAUACCAUUACCCUUUACUACCAGAAUGUGGGGGGUAUCAAUUCCUGCCUGACCGACUACCUGCUCGCAACUUCGUGUUCCUGCUAUGACGUCAUCGCCUUCACGGAAACAUGGCUGAAUGACCGCACACUAUCAAGUCAGAUCUUCGGCCCUGAUUACGCAGUGUUCCGCUGUGACCGUAGCGCCCGAAACAGCAAAAAGUCCAGUGGAGGCGGGGUACUACUUGCCGUGAAGUCGAAUCUUCCAGCGCAGUUCAUCGACAACAAUUCCUGGUGCGAUCUGGAACUUGUAUGGAUUCGCAUUGAUCUUGUAGACCGGAAAUUGUACGUAUGUGUAGUGUAUCUGCCACCCGAUCGCUCAAGAGAUGUUGCCCUCGCCGAGUCGUUUUCUCGCUGCAUCUUCGAAGUUAGCUCCUUCUGCGCUCCUGAAGAUGACUUACUAGUCAUUGGCGACUUCAAUAUGCCCGGUUUGAAGUGGUGCUCCAUCCAUGGCAGCUUUCUGUACCCAGACCCAGCACGCUCUACUUUUUCGGCGCCUUCAAACAUCAUAUUGGACUCCCUGAGUGCAGCGACCUUGCGCCAGAUCAACGAUGUGGUGAACGAAUACGGUCGUACGCUGGACCUCUGCUUUGCCAAUGAUGGACCUCGUUUACCGACCAUCGAAGUCGCUCCUGCACCGCUUGUUAAAGUAGUCCCACAUCACCCUGCUCUCAUGGCAUCACUCGAAGUAACUAGGCUGAACGCUGCAGUAGAAAAACCAGUGACCUUCUACCUCGACUUUAAGAACGCCAACUUCGAUGACAUCUCUCACAUUCUAGGCACUAUCGACUGGGUAUCUGAGCUUGAUCUUUCUAAUCCCAACGCUGCCGCUGAUACCUUUUCACACAUUCUGAAUUACGUCAUCGAUCGCCACGUCCCAAAACGCUCUAACAGCAGAAAUAUGCGAAUCCCUUGGAUCACGACUGAGCUGCGACAACUGAAGACGGCAAAAAGAUGUGCUCUUCGAAACUACAAGAAGCAUAAAUCAUCGCAUACUAAGGAUAUAUAUCGUAAACUUAACUCCGUUUAUAAAAAAGCCAGUGAACGUUGUUACCAUAACUAUCUACGUCGCGUACAACGUAACCUCAAGACUUGCCCGAAAUCGUUUUGGAAACACGUAAAAAGUCAGCGGAAAGAACCUGGCAAUUUCCUGCUACCUCCGGUGUGCCUCAAGGUAGCCAUCUCGGACCGAUUAUUUUCCUAA